AUGUUUUACACACGAUGGAAAGUGUUUUUGCUGCUGACAGUAUGGUAUCACACAAUAGAUGGAGAGGAAUUGGACAAGAAGAAACUGCAAAAAGAAGCCUACGAUAUGUUCAUGCACGGCUACAAUUCCUACAUGAAUUAUGCAUUUCCCGCCGAUGAACUCAUGCCACUUUCAUGUAAAGGAAGGAUACGUGGGCUGACGCCGAGUCGCGGCGAUGUGGAUGAUGUGCUCGGAAACUACUCCGUGACGCUUCUUGACAGUUUGGACACGUUGGUAGUGUUAAAUGAGCUAGAUGAGUUUGAACGAGCCGUCGACUUGGUCAUCAAGCAAACAAAUAUCAGAGUACUGGGCGGACUGAUCUCAGCUCACGUCUUGGCCGAGUUGAUCAAAGAAAAGUAUCCAGAGAGAAUGCAGACAUACGAAGGACAGCUGCUAAAAAUGGCGACAGAAGUCGGAAAUAGACUUUUGCCUGCAUUCAACACAACAAGUGGUCUACCGUAUAGCAGAAUAAAUUUAAAACAUGGAAUGCAGGAUCAUUUGAAGCGGCAGAAGGAUACGUGUACAGCUUGUGGUGGUACCAUGAUUCUCGAGUUCGCCGCAUUGACGAGGCUCACCGGCGACCCGAUUUAUGAGAAAAAAGCCAGGAAAGCAAUGGACUUCCUUUGGCAACAACGUCAUCGCUCAUCAGAUCUCAUGGGCACUGUACUAAAUGUGCAUUCAGGAGACUGGACAAGAAGAGAAAGUGGAAUUGGAGCAGGAAUCGAUUCCUACUACGAGUACACCCUCAAAGCAUACAUUCUGCUGGGUGAUGAGAGUUAUCUAGAUAGGUUCAACAAGGUAAUCGAUUCAAUUCUAACACUUCUACAAAUUAAAGGUUUCCAGCACUACGACGCUAUCAAACGAUACAUCACUAAGGGUCCUAUCUUCGUGGAUGUGCAUAUGCAUAGACCCACUGUUGCCACAAGAGGCUUCAUGGACUCGCUGCUUGCUUUUUGGCCUGGUCUUCAAGUGCUGAAGGGGGACGUGAAAGAGGCUAUUGAGAUUCACGAGAUGCUUUUCCAAGUCAUCCAGAAGCACAAAUUCUUGCCAGAAGCUUUUACACACGAUUUUCAAGUUCAUUGGGCCGAGCACCCGAUCAGACCAGAGUUCGUAGAGAGCACCUACUUUUUGUACAGAGCCACAAAGGAUCCGCAUUAUCUUCACGUUGCUAAGCAGGUAUGUCUUUCAAUCGAAAUAAUGGAUAGCAUCAACAAGUAUGUAAAAGUGCCAUGUGGAUUUGCGGCGCUUAAGGACAUUAGAACUAUGGUCAAGGAGGACCAAAUGGAGUCAUUUGUGCUGUCUGAAACAUUCAAAUAUCUCUACUUGAUCUUCACUGAUCCCGAAGAUUUGGUCUUUGAUCCCGAUCAUUUCGUGCUCACCACAGAGGCUCACUUUUUGCCGCUGAGCAUUGGUCACACGGAGCCAGUGGAGAACGUUGGGAACCCAAGACGGAUGGUUCUGCGGUCUGAUGAGCCAAAGCAAAAAAAUUAUGUGUGCGCGAACCCGAUAGAUUUCACAAAGUUGCCGACGGAGCAGGAGGAGGCCAGAUUGAUUAGGGAGAGGACGAAAGUGGUGCUGGGAGAGUUGAGGAAUGGGAUGACUGGAGGAAGUGGAGGACAAUCUGGCAGUUGUGAAUCACCAGCCGAACGAAUGCGUGCUUGGCACUUCUCCACUAGCAAUCAGGACCAUAUCAAGCAACUGGGCCAGAUGGGAAUCGAAUUGGUCAACCUGAAUGAUGGACGACUUCAUUUGAGCCACACAUCCGCAAAUGCCUUGUCACCAAUUUUCGCAAGAUGGGGACAUGAGUUCAUGCAGGAGAUGCAAGAGUAUGUGGAGACGCUGGAAAAGAAUCGUGAGUUAUUUUUCUUUAAAGUUAAAUUAAAUCUAAUGGUUACAGCUCACUUUGCCGACGGUUCCGAGCGACUUGUGCAGAUUCUAAGCCAUCCAUACUACGGAAAAACAAUCCUGCAAGCGUCACCAGCCCAGUUCGGAAGAGACCUCGCAACGACAACUCGACCUGUUUACGGUCCAGUAGUAAUUUCAAUUCCUUACCGAGCUUGCGAUGAAAUUGUGAACAAAGAUGAAAUGAUUGGAAAAGUGGCAAUUGUAGAGCGAUCGGGAUGUGUGUUCCAAGAAAAGGCGCGACGUGUGCAGCAAGCAGGAGCAAUUGGCAUGAUUGUCAUUGAUACCGAAGAGAACACGAAGUUUGCAUCCGGUCGACCACCCUUCUCAAUGGCAUCUGACAAAGAUGGAAAGGACGAUAUCGAAAUCCCGUCGCUGUUCCUUUUCCGUUUAGAAGGAGAUAAACUACUGCAUGCUAUGGAGAAGAACAAGGAAACUGUAAUUGCAAUGACCUCACAAAGAGUUUCUACAAAUGCCACCGUUGGAGAACUGCUGAAGAAGGGAAGGAUGUUCGAUUUCCCAACCCUUCCACAAUGUGGUCUUCGGGACGGUGACAUUGUUUGGCACAGUUUGAAGUAUCCAGAAAUCAUUUUAAACCUUCGAUUCAAUGGAGUCAAUCAGGAUAGUGAUCCCAGGAUGCAUCAAGAGGUUGUCGAGCGUCAUGUCACAGAACUCAAGAAAUAUCUAAUUUUUGGCGAUUCUGACUACGAAUUCCAAUUCUACGAGUUCUUCCGAACAGUUGCUUAUGGAGCACUCGACCUUAAUGUCGACAAUCCUAAACUGCUUUCUGUGAUUUCUGCAAUAAGCACACUGAAAAAAGAUGCGGUGCCACCAUCUGUCUACCAAAGGCUACCUGGAGAAAUAACAAGGGUCCGCUGUAUUCCCAGAGGAGAGCAUAUGUCUUGCUCGCGAAUCUCUCUUUGA